AUGCUGCGAUCCCUCCUACCGCUUGGCACCGCUUGCCUUUUCCUGGCUCAGGCCCAGGCUGGACCAUUAUUCCACCGUGCAUCUCCGCCUUCCGUGAUCGAGGGCGACGGCACCGUUGAGGCCAAGCUGCCCAGCGGCGACGCCGUGACGGUUAACCUCCACGGAGCUACAGUGACAUCAUGGAAAGCUAGCGAUGGCGACGACAAAAUCUUCCUGUCCACCGCCUCACCCCUUGAUGGCAGCGCUGCCAUUCGCGGUGGUAUCCCUGUUGUCUUCCCUAACUUUGGAUCUCCUCCAAAGACAGGACAAACCUCGAAGUUGCCCUCGCAUGGCUUUGCUCGCAACAGCACCUGGGUGUUUGAGUCGUCCACGCCGCAGGAAGACGGUUCUGGAGUCGCCUUGACAUUCUCCCUCGACUCGGCCUCCUUGAUCCCUGAUUAUCAGACGAAGUGGCCGUACUCUGCGAAGCUGGCAUACACCAUCAACCUCACCCAGGACAACCUGAAUGUCCACUUCAGCUUUGAGAACACAGACACCCAGGCUAUUGACUUCCAGUUCCUCCUGCACACCUACCUCUCUGUCCCUAACAUCAACACAACAACCGUGUCAGGCCUGCAGGGCUCCACCUACCAGGACAAGACACAAAACUACACCGUCAUCACCGAGACCUCGGACGCGUUCCGCAUCACCGGCGAGACGGACCGCAUCUACAGCCCCGCCGAGGUCGCCCCCAUCGUACUCAACGACGACGGCAGCCCGCGCGUCACCGUCGACAGGAGCGAGACCCUGCCCGACACCACCGUCUGGAACAUCUGGGCCACCAAGAUCCAGACUUCUUCUGACUUUGCGCCAAAGGACGCCUGGCAGAGGUACCUUGCCAUCGAGCCUGGGUAUGUGGCCAAGUUCAACAGCCUGGAGCCUGGCAACACCUGGGAGUCUAGUGUCAACUACGUUGCUCACGUCUAA